AUCACCAUCGACCGUUAAGUUGGUUGAGACCUCCGCCUCCUCUUUCGAUGCAUUCGAGAACCAGACUCCCUCCCUUUCCCACCGUUCUCUUAAACCAAUGAACCAAUAAUCCCCCCCAUCAAUUUUCCCCCAUUUUCUACACACUCACGCAAUCCCAUUUUCACACACUCACGCGCUAACCCACACUCACAAUGUCUCACCUUCUCCGAACAGCCUUCAUCCCCACUAAACCCCCGUCUCUCCACCACCACCACCGGUCCUCUGUCCUCCCAAAUGUCCAUACAACCCGACCCACUAUCCGGUUUGUUCCCAGAUCCAAGAUCCGAGAGAUUUUCAUGCCCGCCCUCAGCUCCACCAUGACUGAGGGAAAAAUCGUCAGCUGGGUCAAGUCCCAAGGCGACAAGCUCUCCAAAGGCGAAUCUGUCGUCGUCGUUGAGUCCGACAAAGCCGACAUGGACGUCGAGUCCUUCUACGAUGGCUACUUAGCUGCCAUUAUUGUUGAUGAAGGCUCCUCCGCUCCAGUUGGUUCCGCAAUUGCCCUUUUAGCUGAAUCCGAGGAGGAAAUUGCCGUUGCCCUUGAGCAAGCCCAGAAGUCGGCCGCUCCGGAGGAGGUGGCAGCUGCCCCGGCCGUCACAGAAAGUGUCGUGUCGAGUGAAUCAGUUGGGGUUGAGAAGCAGAAGAAGGUGGCUGAGCAAGUGGUGGCCCCAGCAAUAGGGACGGCGGUGCACCCGGCGUCAGAAGGGGGGAAGAGGGUGGUGGCGUCGCCCUAUGCUAAGAAAUUGGCCAAGGAAUUGGGUGUGGAUUUGCGGGGUGUUGUUGGGAGCGGGCCUAAUGGGAGAGUGGUGGCUAAGGAUGUUGAAGCGGCUGCAACUUUGGCGGCAACUGAGGUGGCCACGGCCAGUAGUGAUAACGCUGCGGCUGCUGCAGCACUUCCUGGAGUGGAGUUGGGAUCAACAGUGCCGUUUACAACAAUGCAGAAUGCUGUGAGUAGGAAUAUGGUGGAGAGUUUGGCCGUGCCAACGUUUAGAGUUGGAUAUACAAUUACAACGGAUGCGCUUGAUGCUUUAUAUAAGAAGAUUAAAUCGAAGGGAGUGACUAUGACAGCUUUACUGGCCAAGGCAACAGCACUUGCAUUGGUUCAAAAUCCUGUUGUAAACUCGAGUUGUAGAGAUGGUAAAAGCUUUACAUACAAUAGUAGUAUCAAUAUUGCAGUUGCGGUGGCCAUGGAUGGUGGGUUGAUUACACCUGUGCUUCAAGAUGCUGAUAAGGUUGAUAUAUAUUCUUUGUCAAGAAAGUGGAAAGAGUUAGUUGACAAGGCACGGGCAAAGCAGCUGCAACCGCAUGAAUAUAGCACAGGCACUUUCACUCUAUCUAACCUUGGAAUGUUUGGGGUUGAUCGCUUUGAUGCCAUCUUACCCCCAGGAACUGGAGCUAUUAUGGCUGUUGGAGCAUCUCAGCCCACUGUUGUUGCCACCAAAGAUGGCCGGAUUGGCAUGAAAAACCAAAUGCAGGUAAAUGUCACCGCAGAUCAUCGUGUCAUAUAUGGUGCAGACCUUGCUUCCUUCUUGCAAACUUUAGCUAAGAUAAUUGAAGAUCCUAAAGAUCUUACACUUUAGAUUUUUCAUCAUUGCGGGAGAAUCAAGUUUUUGUAGUGUAUUACCUUUCAAAUGGCGCUAGUUGCACGUGAACAUUUGCGCCCUCGAAGACAAUUCAGAAUCUAAUUCCGGAAUGAUAACUCAAGUGUAUUGUUGAAGAACAUCAACACAAUUCUUGAGUGAUUUUCUUAGCAUCAACCGCAUCAGAUAAUUCAUGUGAAUUCGAACUUUCACUUUUUCCUUUGUUGUGAUUAGUUGUAGCCUCUUAUGGUCCUCGUCAUUGUCUUGUAAUUCUUUAAAUGGGGAUGCUUUCAUUGGUUUGCUGAGCAAUUUAUGAAGAUGUUGCGGGACUCUGAUGUUGUUCAAAGUAGACAUUUAAAAUUUGCUUUAAAAAAGCAAAUUUUGA